AUGAAUUCGUCUGAUCAGCCGGCGUGCUAUAGUCAGGGGCCUAUAGUAAUUGAACUUUACUGGAAACAUGCUCCGCGAACCUGCAAAAAUUUUGCUGAACUAGCCAAGCGUGACUAUUACAACGGAGUCCCUUUUCAUCGUGUUAUCCGCGAUUUCAUGAUCCAGGGAGGUGAUCCUACGGGCACUGGUCGAGGUGGUGCCUCCAUUUAUGGGCGCUAUUUUGAAGAUGAGAUAAGUCCAGAUCUGAAGCACACCGGCGCUGGAAUAAUAUCAAUGGCAAACUCCGGGCCAAAUACAAACGGAAGCCAGUUCUUUAUUACUUUGGCUCCAACGCAGUGGCUCGAUGGCAAGCACACAAUAUUUGGACGAGUCAAGUCUGGAAUGCAAGUUGUGAAGCGCCUUGGCAUGAUCGAGACGGAUCCUACCGACAGGCCGAUUGAGCCCAUUGUUAUCAAGCGGGCUUACCCGACUCCUGUCUCAUAA